GCGCGCCGCCCCUCGGCCUUCAGCACGAACAUGCCGGGCGACGCCGCGGACCUGGACGACGAAGAGGGCGUCGAUUGGGAAGGUGGGCUCGACGACCCCUUCCGGCACUUCAAGGAGGGCCUGCGGAGGUGGCGGGACUCCGAGCAGGCCGCGUGCUCGAAGAGGCUCCGCCGCCUGGCCCUCGACCGCCGCACGCUGGCCACGUGCGAGCUGGCCGCGAAGGACUGCCCGAAGGCGCACUUCCCGGAGCGCCCGGUGCGAGGCAAGGCCGUCGAGGCACUGCAGGCCGUGGCGAAGGAGCAGCGGCAGGAGCUGCACCAGGUGCUGGAGCUGGUCCGGAGCCACGUGAAGCGCUUCUGGAGGGCCUGCCGGAGGACGUGA